CUCUCUCUCUCUCUCUCUCUCUUUCUCUCUCACACACACAGACACACACACACUUGGUCGGAACCAUGACAGAAGAUGACGGAUACAGUUGUCGCGGAGGGACAAGUCAAGUUCAGAGAUGGAAAAAAGUGGAAGAGUCGGUGGGUCGUGCUUCGGAAGCCCUCUCCGGUUGCAGACUGUCUGUCUCUGCUGGUGUAUAAGGAGAAGAAGGGGAAGGAGAAAGGCCGCAAGGAGAGGCUCAAUAUAACACUGGAGGGGAUCUGUGGUGUGGAGCCAGCGUCAGGAUACGAUGGCGUGUCCUACACUCUCACCAUCCUGUGCUCGGCACACACACUGGUGCUUGGCUUCAGCAGUCAUGAGGCCCUGCUGGCCUGGGAUGCCCGUGUCCGCUACAGCCUGGGAGAAGUCCAUCGGUUCAGUGUCAACGUAGAACCGGGUACCAAAGUGGAAAGUGGCCCCGCCUCCCUCCACCUGUGCAACAACGUGUUGAUCCUCACCAGAGGCCUCCCUCCCGUCGUCGUUGGCCACUGGAAGUUGUCGGCGUUGCGUCGAUAUGGUGCUGUUCCAAAUGGCUUCGUGUUCGAGGGAGGGACUCGCUGUGGAUACUGGGCUGGUGUUUUCUUGUUGUCCUGUUCAGAGGGCGAGCACAUCAGUUUCCUGUUUGACUGCAUUGUCAGAGGUGUCGCCCCCAGCAGGACCCCGCAUGGCGUGCAACCUUCUCUGCCAGAUCUCAGUGCAGACCCAGCUUCGGCAGAGGAACGACUCAACCAGGAGACAUCAGCGCUGGAGAAAAGACUCAGCAUGUUGUCUCAGUGCAGCCUUGCGAGCAGCACAGGCUCAACUUACAGCUGCACCACAUCUGCUGCCGGGGACGACCGCAGCAGCCUCUCCAGCUCCUCCUCCAGCCAAUCUGACACAAGCUAUGGAAAACGACUUCCAUUUUGGGCCGAACCAUUAGCUAGACUGCACCUGUCCAGCGAGACAGUGUCCAGCUCCUCCACACUGAAGGCUUUGAACACUUCAGAUGAUCGACUUUACGGUGCCAUGAUGGCAGGAGCUGGGACUCGUCCGUCCUCGGCUCAGCUCCAGUCUCGUGGUCUCCAUGACAGCGGGCGGCAGAGCUCAUUAGACUCUGGGAUUGGCAUAGCGACGGGCAGUCAGUCAUCUUACUCAGGAAGCUGCUCCUCAUGUACAGGGAGCCUGGAUGCAGCCAGUCAGGUAGGAGGGGAGGAGUUUGACUCUGCAACUACCUGCCCACCUGCUCCUGGUCCUACUUCACCUCCAUCCUCACCACUUCCUCCUCCUGCAUCUCCUUUUCAGUCCACACUCACCCCAGAACCCAGUUACGCUAACUCCUGCACCUCGUCUCGCUGUAAUAGCUCCAGAUCGAGCUCACGUGCAUCUGUUAGGCAUAGUGAGGAUUACCAGAUCCCAAACCUGCUCAGCGCGCGCUAUGAUACGCCCAGGAGUCUCCUCCAGACCCUGUCCCUGAGAGAAAACUCAGCCCAGGGAGCCACACCUGAGCCGAGGAAGGACAGCAGGAGCUGUGGAGAUGGAGGUGGUUGUCAGGGUUUGAGCAGCAGCAGCAGCAGCAAGGCAGGACUGAGGGCUCAGCCUCAGGCCAUGUCGCAGCAACCACAGUCCAGGGCCAGCGAGAGAGCGCCCUCUGUGGACAGUGAAGGAAGGUCUACACCCAGAUCUCUGUCAGCACGUGGAGGCCUGGUUUGUGAGGAAGCACAGAGCAAUCAUGAUUCAGACAACUACAUUACACCCGAGCAGUGGCGCUCGGUGAGGAAUCGAUGCUUGACACAGGUCGCCUGCUCACCAUCAUCAGGAUUAUCAUCUUGUGUGGAGACACAAGAUCCUCCUCUGCAUGUGAGAGAGGAACAUGAUGACAGUGUGGAGGCUGGUCUGAAGAAGUCAUUGUCCUCUCUGCCUCCGUCUGGUCCUCCACCUCCACCCAUCACUCUGACCUCGUACAGGCCAACACCAGCCUGUGGUACUUUCCAAUUUCCUCCUGAAGCUGCUCCGUCUGGGUCCCUGGACGCUGGUCUCCAUAGUGACAGUGCUAUUAAUUAUGUCAACAUCCCUAUUAGGACACUGCUGGCUACAACUAACAGGGAGCUACUGCAGGAGGCACACCAUGCUGUCACAGAAGAGGGCUCCAUCAGGAACGGCCAACACAACUUUGCUGCCAUGGAAACGGCUCAGAGAGUGGGGGCGGAGCAAGUCCAUGACAGGGAGGACAGACUGACUCAACUGGAGGACAGGCGGCAAGGUCACCAAACCAAAUGCAGUGUCCAGCUUGAUGACACUUUAACAAAAUAGUCUUCAUUACUGAUUCUUUGAAUAAGCUCUCAGGCUUAAAAUGCAGUUGUAACACACACACACACACACACACACACACAGUCAUGCCAGUGAACAGAAAUUCCUGCAAACAAUCCAUUCCAUAUAAAGAAGAAAACAGGACAUGUCAGGGUGGUCUUUUAUGCAGCUGCCAUCGUGGAUGUGUUUCAUGAAUAUUUAUUUAUAUAUUGUCAUUUCUGAUAUACGUAGACUUUUAUACUAGACGUUUCUUUUUUGCUGGCUGCAUGGCACUGAAUGUAGAUGCUGAGGCAACUUUUUGUCUACGUGACUCUUUUAAGAUUCUCUCAGGAUCACUGAACACCACAAACUAAUGUUUACCACUGAUGACACAUAGGGCUGUGUUCAAUACAUUGAUUUUCUGAAUCGUGUGCUGUGUUUCCAUGGACAUCAAACUGAAUUGGGAAUCAGGAUCAAAUGGAUUCAGGAAAUCAGUGGCAAAACCCAGCCCUACAAAUGUGAGACACACACACAAACAGCUGCUUUUGGAGAUUCUUUGACAUUCUGACUAGAUUUAUCUUCUUCAUUCAGCUUGGUUGAGGCUGUAUUUGUU